AGAGUCCCAUGGCCUCGGAUGGGUCACAUUGUCUGGUGAUACAACGACGCCGGCGGUUCGGUUUUGACCCGGUUUAGACGGCCUCCCAUAGGAAGGCCCUCUGCGAGAGACUACUUCAAUCGCCGAAGACACCAGUUAUCUGCACACAGAACGUAAAACGACUCAGUAUAGUGACGAUGAAGGUACCAAGCUACGCCACGUGGGCAGUCCUUGGCCUGGCGACGAUUGUACAAUGCUUCGGCUGGAAGCACGACCUGUCGCGGCCCGUGCGCGACGACUGCUGCCGGGACCCGGACAAGUGCUGUCCGUACGGCUACCGGUGCGACAUGCGGUACCGCAACUGCGUCCGGAUCGCCGGCGACGAGAGGCCCGUCUACACUUCCCACUCUUCCAGCUCGCGGGCCCAGCCCAUCACCAACUACGCGACGGGCACGCGCGGCUACCACUCCACUUCGUACGCCACGGGACGCUACGGCGUGCCGGACCAAGGAUUCGCGCUCUCGCAGAACAACUUCCUACGAUCGGACAACUGCCCCACUGGGACAUACUGCUGGGAUAUUGACACCUGUUGCCUCAUCCAGCAUGGCUACAACAGCCUCUGGACACGAGUGGAGUCCACCUGCUGCACGCGUUACAACAGCCCCAACUGCCAAAGGGUUCGCGGCUGCAGAGUGACCAUUGGUGACCAGCGCUACAAGUCCUAUCGGGAGACCUUCACUCGCAGACCAGUCUACUAUGGAGCAGCGCCCCUGAUGGCCGUUCCAACGGCUGCAACUGCCUUGGCACUUGCCAUUUUGCUUCGCUGCGUCACGCUGUACACUUUCAAAAUGUGACAAAUAAAUUGUGGGGGGCAGCGGGAGAAAUCAACCAUUCUAAAAGUAAUGUUGCUUAGCAGCAGUACUUGACCAGCGAAAACUCUUUACAUUCAGAACCAUUAUUCUUGUCAUUACCGUAAGGUUAUCACUGUUCCCAUUUUCACUUGUUAGGUUCAGUUACUUGCUGAACCUAACCAGGGCGUGAUCUGAUUGAAUGACUGAGUUCAAUACCUGAAAGGUGCAUUUACCUGGACUGUACGAAAUGCCGCGGUGGACCACUGUGAAUCACUUUCGGUUACUCUUGCGCGGACAACCCAAAGCUUCUUUAGCGUGUGCCAGGUGCCUUCAAGUGAGCUUUUUUUCAUUCCAUCAUUGUUAAACUAUAGAUACUGAAGCAAUAUUUAAACUGUUAUCAUGUUCUGCAGCAGAACUAGGGAACGACUGAUUGAAUGCAGCAAGUCACGACUGCCUCAUGCUGGAACCACUCGGACUAAACAGGAUCCUUGUGAAUUCUUAGUCCCUGCUGACCAUGUAGCAUCAUGGAAAUGGAAAUUUUAAUUCAAAGGUCAGGGAAUCGCUCUUGAAAAAGCAUCCAGUUUAGUGUGGAUGCUUUACGUUUAUUUCAGCAAGGAAGCCUAUGAAUAGCUCACCAGGACUUCUCUCCUGUAUUUUGUCCAUUGUGGAAGCAUGUGUCUGCAUAUCACGCAUGCAGAGUUAGGAGAGCAAAUUAAGUCCUUUCGAGGUAUGCUAAGCAGAAAAAUUAUUUCAGCCAUACUUUUUAAACUACUCUUCAAGAAUACCAAACGAGGUCACUCUUAUAAAGAGAAGAAGCAUGGUAUGCUUGAAAAGAUGCAAAGGGAUAAGAUUGAUUGCGACGCCACCUUGAAGUUCUCAAACCAGUCUGCCGUGACGUGGGUUUUGAUGAUGUCUUCUCAGGCCUAGUUAAAUCUCAUCAGUAAAGAUCAACAACAUUGUAUUUUAAAAGAGCAAAAGACUGAGCUUAGUUUGUUUUGAGAACUGAGCCACAUCUAAAAUGUUGUCACCCAGCUAGUGUAAGCUAAAAACAGUUCACCAGCUAAAGAUUGGCAAAAAACGUCUGCCUUUAGCAAUGGCUGAUCCUCGGAGAGUGCACGCGCAACCACGAACUUCAUCAUUCUCGCCUCAAGGGGCCAGUGUCCUCACGUGCCAACUUAUUUCACGUCAUUUCUCCCCUCUCAAAAGCGACCAACCCGGUCGCUUCAAGGGCAGCAGGCGAGCACUAUAGCCAAGAGUGCUAACAUUAAAGAAAACAGAAAAAAAAAACAGCAAGAAACUUAUUUCGCGUCAAUGUGAAAAGUACUUUGAAAUCUGCUAUGUCACAUUUAUGUAGUGGCAACGUUGUAUUGGCGCCGAAGUCAAUAACCCAUAAAUAGAGUCGGAAGGAUAAUUUAUUCGUCUAAACUGACUCAGUGUUUUUCUUUUAAGAACUCUAGCUUGGGAGCUCAUAUAUAAAAACCUAUCUAAUCUAACAUAUCUACUCUUAAUAUAUCUAAAAAUAUAUCUAAUGCAACAAAAUUGUUGCAUUAUACACAGCUCUCAAAUAUAUCACUAAUUUGUGAAUACAACAUUUGCAAAACCAUUGUAAGGACUGUAACAAUUUUAAUGCAUGAGCUGUAAACUGAAUUACGAAUAUUCAAGAAAGAUGCCCUCCGAAUAUAAAAUAUUUUUUUCAUUUGUAAACCAACUGAACUAGAAUGUUUGCGUGGAGUCUAUUUGGCAAAAUAAAAAUCAAGCUUACACGUAACAUUAUUUGACACACGUAUGUACAAAACCACUUACAAUUGAACCUUCUGACUACUAAGAAGCUUGAGCUACUAAUUAUUUGAUUGCUAAGGAGUUUAAGAGAUUCAGUUUAUAGAAUUACGCUGUAUAUUUUUGGUGGAGUUAUGACUGUAAACUUCGUGCUUCAAUUUUUUUAAUUGCUCAUUUCUGGCAAUUUUUUCAUGAUAUGAGGUUUUAAACAAAAAUUCUGCUUCAUACAAGUGGUAGAAUUUAACUUUCUUUUUCAAAUGCAACAAAUUUCAUUCAGAUCAGCCCAGCGGUUGCCUUAUAAAAGCAUUUCUGCGUUUUUUAUGUAUUUGAACAGGAAAAUCGAGUUGGACCCAAGCUAUAUCUUCCUCUGAAGACCUCCAUGGUAGAACUUCGAUUCUUCUAACAACUUCAAAUAUCUUCCGAAGUCAGGCCAUGUAUAAGCACAAGCUGUCUGUUUUGAAGACGCUAAGAGCUGUUUCGUAACAAAUGCAGUGAUAGGAAUGGCCAACAGCGUUUUGUAGCAGGUUUUGUAGCAGAAAAAAUGCCAAUUUGCAGCAGCUGCCCUCAGUUUUGUAGCAAGUUGCAAAAAAGAACAGGAGAAAGCAGUAUUUAUUGCUUUUAUUACAUGGUUACCUAUUAAAUGUAUCAUACGUGCCCUUUAAUAAAUGACUAGCCUUAGCAUUGCAAUAAAAUGA